CCUCAUAUAACUUCAGAAUAAAAACAAUUGAAUAAAGCCUCUACUCUUUAGGCCCCUUGAAUGCUUAUUUAUGAGUUGAAACGUAAACAAUUAAUAUCAGUGUCACUUUGAUGCUUCUCUCUACCUUAUUUCCUUGUGAAGAUUCAUCUCUCCUCUUCUUCUUAUUUUGUUGUUGCAGACAUUAGUCACACACUUGUUCAGCCUGGGAACUACCAGAAAACAAUAACAGAAAGAAUGGAUGCAAACCACUGGCGAUCGAAGAAAAAAAUAGAAUCUGUAGCAGAUACACUUCAAGUUUCUUCUAGAAGAAACAUCAAACCACAGGCACGUACGGUUCCUCCAGUAAAUGGAGCUAGACCCGAGAGAGCUCGAAAAAGUCUCAACGAGAAGCUAGAAACUGUAGCUUUAAACUCUCCUAAGAAAGAUUCUCAUGUGAAUCUUUACGGUGACAAAGAUGUAGCAGAUGAGAUUUUCUUGAAAGAUGAAGAAAUGAGUUUGGUGGAUGGAGAAGAUUCAUCGCCUUUUUGUGGUGUUUCUGAUAAGCUCCUCCAGCGAAUGGAGCUUCUUGGGAGAGAUCAUGAAACAAAGAGAUUCGUUAACAACACUUUCAGCUCAACCGACACUAAGGAGAGACGAGAAGAAGUUGCAUUUGAUGAUGUGAUUGAGCUGAAGAGAAACAUUCAUACGUUAACCGCUGAGAACUCUCAGCUUAAGAAGUCCCUUGCGGCCAAAGAAGAGCUCGCGGUAAGCUUACAAGAGCGUAAGUAUCAAGUGGAAUCAGAAUUUGAAGCGUUGAUGACGAGAUUAGAUGCAACAGAGAAAGAAAACACGUUCUUGAGAUAUGAGUAUACCGUUCUUGAAAAGGAUCUUGAAGUAAAAACAGAGGAAACAGAGUAUACUCGCAAGUCUAUGGAGCUAACACAUAAACAGCAACUCAGGAACGUGAACAAGAUUGUGGAGCUUGAAGCUGAGUGCAAGAGACUAAGACUUCUGUUUCGUAAGAAGUUUCCUGACAGGUCAAUCUCCAUGAGGAACGAAGGGGAAGAAAUGAAAAGAAGAAAUGCGAAUAAUAAGAGCGACUUGAUGAUGAAAGAUGAAGCUCAGAGCAGGAAGCUUAAGUAUGAUCUGUUGAUGGAGCAGAUAGGUAACGUUAGAGCAGAGAACAAGAAUCUGAUGGACAUCAUUAUGAGGAAAAACAUGGAGAUUAAAGAUCUUAGCCGCGGGCAGAAACCGCUAAGUGCUUCUAGUUUUGAUAUCAGAAGUGAAAGCAGUGUCAUUAGCCCUUCUGGUUCAAAGGAGAUGAAGUUACUUAUGGAUGAUUUUAAUGAGAUGGAGAAGUUAGCUAUUGUCUGUACUGAGAAAGCUUCAAGAGAGGAUGAUGAGAAAGAUGAUGGGUCUUUUGAUUGGAUUCAAGUUGUUUUGAGUGCUGUAUCAAAGCAAGAGAGGAUAUCGAAACGCGGUGUUAAAGAAUUGUUACAAGACAUCAAGAUUGCUUUGGGAUGUAUGGAUGAUGAUGAUGAUGUAGAGACCAAGAAAGCUGAAGGAGAUCCUCUCUGCAUCACAUGGAAAUCUAAUGUGGAAUCAGGUCCAAUGACAAAGGAUGAGAUCAAGAGACAUUUAGGUCUAACAACAGCAGGUAAAGUGGAGAAAGUUGAAACUGAUGAGAGUCAAGAACUGAGAGGUAAGCUUGAGGAAGCCGAGGAAAAGAUCAGAGGCUUAGAAGGAGAGGUCAAGGCGUUGAGAGAGAGUAAGGAGAAGGUAGAAGCUGAGAUGGAAACUGAGAAAGCAAUGAAGGAAGAUCUUGAUACAAAGCUACACAUAAGUGAAGCUAAGCUGAACGAGGCACAGAAGAAAUUGUCUUCUCUUGAAGUAGAAUUUGAUUACAGAAAGAGUUGUUGUGAAGAACUUGAAGGCACUUGCAUCGAGCUUCAACUUCAGUUAGAAAGUGUUGAAACGAAGAAACCAAUGCAAAGAAACAAAAACGUGAGUAGAAAGGGAUGGGAUAUUGCAGCAGCUUCUGUGAAGUUAUCAGAGUGUCAAGAAACAAUAACCAAUUUAAGGAAGCAACUAAGAGCUUUAUCGACAACAGAAACAAGCAGCACGGUGAAAUUUCUACACAAAAGAUCUUCUUUCCGGGAAAGUACAGAAGACUCAAUGGCUAAGGAUUCGUCAUCCAACAAAGCAGAGGGUGAUAAUAACAUCGUUACUCGUAGUGGUGGUAACAAUUACAAUGCAUUGAUCGUGUAUGAACCAGUGGAGGCGAAAGGUGAGAAGAUGGUUCCAAGAAAGAAGCAAGGAGUAGGGUUCUUGAAGAAGCUGUUGUUCAGGAAGAAAAGAGUGAGCAGCAAGAAAUGUCUUGCCUUGACUAUGUGAUGAUGACUAAAGGAAAAGGGCUUUCGUAAGGGCUUUGGUUUGUGUUGUGUAUAUAGUGUGGUACCUGUUUGUGGGUAUGGUUUGUGUUUCUGAGAUGUGAUGAGUGUAGACUAUUUUCUGAUCUUGAUAAUAAAACGAAAUGUAUCCACGUAACCCUGGAAACCAAGUUGAGUUGUUGCUUGUUGGCAUAGCUUUUGAUUUUUGUGCAUAUUUUUGUUUUUGAAAAAUUCGAAUGUUGAUUUUAGAU